AUGUCCCAGCAUGUAUCAAACGAUGUUUCUAAGUUUACUAUAAGUCGCGGAAACGAAGAUUUAAGCUUUAAUGAGGAUGUCAUGCUCUUAGGACCAAACGGUAUGAAUGAUCUGGUUAUCUUUUCAAGACUAAUACCUGAAGAAACGCCCGUUACUUUUGAGCUUGGAGAUGAGUUUGAGUCAUUUGCGAAUACGUUUUUAGCAAAUAAAGACGACUUAUUCUCCAGUGAAGGAUUACUGACAAGCUUUUAUAAGCUUUGCGAAGAAAAAUAUUCAAAAGCCAGUAAAGAGGAAGAUGAAGAAUUAAUGAAUCAUUGGGGUUUGGAAUUACGCACAUGGGAUUUGAUACAGAGGAUCUAUUCAUUUCGAAACUCGGCGCAGGACCAAUCUAUAUCUUCACAUAUGUUUUCUUCCAUAGCUGUCUUAGAAGAAGAAUUCUAUUCCAAAUAUCCUGCUGCUUUUGAAAAUCACUUGGUAUUCAAUUGGUUACGCGAUAGUCCUGUUCAAGAACCUGACAUCGAAAUCCGGGGUAACCGCUGGUUCUAUACUCGUGAGAAUAUUAAGAAAAAUAGCCGGACACAUUCCAAAUUUUCUUUAGAAAAAAAAGACGAGAGUAACGUCUCAAAUUUGGACCCAGACGCUGACAUUCGUGAUGAGCGCCGCCUUGACGAACGAGAUGAUAACUAUGAUCGCCAAUUUAUCCGGGUUGCUUUCUCGCUCUAUCGAGCUGGUGAUUUCGAAGGUCUUUUGGACUUGUGCAGAAAAAGUGGAAAUUAUUGGCGUUCGGCAUCCCUGCAGGGUGCAUUUGAGUAUCGUAAUAGCGUGAUAGAUGAAGGCUUGCAUUCUGAAACUUUAGGUAAUAAAAGAAAGGAACUUUGGAGACGGACAUGUUUUGCUUUAACAAAAAACAAGCGUACCGAUGCUUAUGAACGUGCUCUGUAUGGCGCCCUCUGUGGUGAUUUGGAAUCCGUCUUAAAUGUCUGCACAUCAUGGGAGGAUGCUCUCUGGGCAUACUAUAACAGUAUGAAUCAAUAUCAUUUGGACGUGUACCUUUCUGAUAAAAUACCUCAACCAGAUACUCAUUUGCCGCCUAUUGAUAGCGGAAUCGGAUUAAGCCCAGAAGUUAUUUUUGAAGCUUUAGAUCAAUUUCCUCUAGAAGAGGUUCGUACUUCUGCUGCCCAUCCAUUAAGAAGAUUACAAGCUUAUAUCAUCUUAAAUCAAGUUGAUAAAUUAUUCACCUUAGCUCACCAACAGCUGGAGGCUGUACGAGCUGGAAGUACCGAGGGCAUUUUAGAACUUACUAGUCCAUCAAGUCUUCGAAUUAUGGUUCACCUGCUUCUUUUUAUGAGAAUAGCAGGCAUUCAUGUUGAUGCUUAUAUCUCGGAUUCUAUAAUACAGUCUUACAUUGAGCUGCUAGCCAGUUCAAAGAAGAACUCCUUGGUUCCCCUAUACAUUCCUUUCCUUUCAGAUCAUAUUCAAUAUGAAGCAUAUGCUCGAUUUUUAAAUCUUAUCGAAGAUGGAAAUCCUCGACUUGAGCAGCUCAGACUGGCGAAAAAGUUUGAGUUAGAUAUUGAUAGAGCUGCUUUGAUGAGUGUUUCACUUGCUUUUGAGAAAUUUGCCGAUGAUGCAGAGCAUUCGAUUGAAAUAAAUCUAAAAUCUCUAGACGAGCCAGUGCCCUUAGUUCAUACAAGGUUUAUAUCAACCUUAGAGUGGUUGAUUAUAACUUGCCAAUCUGACGAUUUGCUAGUGUAUGCAAACUGUGCCUUUCGAUAUUUCUUGUCUAGGGGAGAACUAAAUUCUGCAUAUUUAUUGUACACACGCCUUCCAGCUGAAACACUAGAUGUUUUGACUACAAGUGAAAUAGCUGCCGAUAAUAGUUCAAAAGUACAAACAGCGUAUGAAUUUAUGAAUUAUCGUGCUUUAUGUCGAGCUUUUCAUGUGCAUGAAGAAUGGAAUAAGUUAAUGAAUGAACCGAUUUUGAAUGACACCUCUUCAACAAAAGCUAGUGUUGCUUACAAAGAAUGGAAAAAGUCUCUUACACUUACAUCACGCAGAUGUAUAAAGCUGUUUACUGAGCUUCUUCGGGCUAAUUUCCUUCACCCAUCAACUAUGGAGUUGAACGAAGAUGAAGAAAAAGAACUCUGCAAUAAGUUGUAUCGUAUUCGAAAUAUAUAUGUACCCGAAAUUAUUUUAAAUCUUCAUGGUGUUUAUUUCCAUAAUGAAGACUAUAACGGCUGUUUUGCUCUUGCGAACGAGGUAGCAGGAGAGGAUCUUAAGCUUUAUCAUUGUCUUCUUGAAAGCGGAAGAAUUGAAGAGUACGCCGCUAGUUUAGGUGUUGUUGGAGAGCAUAGCCUUACUUCUUCUGAAGGAAUUUUUAGCAUUUAG